UUUAGCGGACUGAUUUACUCCGGGUAUUGGUAAAUAUGAUCACGUGGGCCGCGCGACCAAUGGUGGUGUCUGCAGCCUGCGAACUAGUCGGCUGCUCGGGCGCCGGCGAAGAGCGGCACGGCGGCGGGCAGUGUAACCUUGGGUGGGAGCGCGCGGCGCCUCACCAUGUCGUCCAGUGGCACCCUCAGCAACUACUACGUGGACUCGCUCAUAGGCCACGAGGGCGACGAGGUGUUCGCCGCGCGCUUCGGGCCACCGGGGCCGGGGACACCGGGCCGGCCCGCAGGUGUGGCCGAUGGCCCGCCCGCCGCCGCCGCCGCCGAGUUCGCCUCGUGUAGUUUUGCCCCCAAAUCGACCGUGUUCUCCGCCUCGUGGUCCGCGGUGGCCGCCCAGCCCCCGGCGGCGGCGGCGGCGGCGGCGGCGGCGACGAUGAGCGGCCUGUACCACCCGUACGUGUCCCCGCCACCCCUGGCCACCGCCGAGCCGGGCCGCUACGUGCGCUCCUGGAUGGAGCCUCUGCCCAGCUUCCCCGGCGGCGGCGGCGGCGCGGGUGGUGGCGGUGGCAGUGGUGGCGGCGGUGGCGGAGGCCCGGGUCCCGUCCCCAGCCCCGGCGGCCCAGCGAACGGGCGCCACUACGGGAUUAAGCCUGAAACCGGAGCGGCCCCGGCCCCCGCCGCAGCCUCCACCUCCUCCUCCACCUCCUCGUCCUCCUCCUCCAAACGGACUGAGUGCUCCGCGGUCCGCGAGUCCCAGGGGAGCGGCGGCCCAGAAUUCCCGGGCAACUCGUUCCUGCGGGACAAGGCGGCGGCGGCGGCGGCGGCGGUGGCGGGAGGGAACGGGCCCGGGGUGGGAAUCGGGGCCGGGCCUGGGGCGGGAGGCUCGUCCGAGCCCUCAGCUUGCAGCGAUCACCCGAGCCCGGGCUGCCCGCUGAAGGAGGAGGAGAAGCAGCCACCGCAGCCGCUGCAGCAGCAACUUGACCCAAACAACCCCGCAGCGAACUGGAUCCACGCUCGCUCCACCCGGAAAAAGCGCUGUCCCUACACCAAAUACCAGACGCUAGAGCUGGAGAAGGAAUUCCUCUUCAACAUGUACCUCACCCGGGACCGGCGCUACGAGGUGGCCAGGAUUCUGAACCUUACAGAGAGACAAGUCAAAAUCUGGUUCCAGAACCGUAGGAUGAAAAUGAAAAAGAUGAGCAAGGAGAAAUGCCCCAAAGGAGACUGACCCAGUGCGGUCCUGGCCCGCAGCGCUCAAAGGCAGCCGGUUUUUGGUUUUUUUGGUUUUUUCCUUUGUGGGUGCUUGAUUCAGAAACUCUCCAGCAACUCGGACUUUCUUCUUCUUUUUUUAGGUAGAAGUGACUGUGUGGUUGGUCUCUGUGAGUUAUUUGGGGGACACUGUAUUUGCUCGCAUAUGUAUUGGAGAAACCAAGUGGCUUUGGAGUUUUGUCCUAUCCCGCCUCUCCCUUUCCUACUCCGUUGGUUCCUUAGGAAAUGCUAUAUUUUGUGACUGCACGCAGGCUUGAUGAAGCCCUCUCCCGUGUAAACGUCCCUUCUGUUUCUGAAAAGUACUGUAGUUUAGUCUCACCCCGUCCAGCCUCCCAAACAGGGCCAACUAUCCAAUUCCGAGAAUCUGAAGGCAGAGGGGGAUUAUGGACACCCCCGCUGCUCUCCCAGCCCAAACCCAACCGCAGGAAAAGCCCCUUUCCUCAGGGAGCCAAUGGGCUGACUUCCAGUGAGGCCUACCGAGAAGUCCUGGGCCCUGGGGCGCCGCGGGGUGCGGGGAAGGUUUAGUCCUCCAAGCCCAGGAGGAGCUGCUCUCACCCCGGGAGGGCUGGGUUCCCUUGAGCGGCCUCGGGUGGUGGCCCUCCAUGUUCCUGCCUGAGGACCAGUUGUAAAUGUUACCGCUUCCAACAAAUAAAUGUUGAUCUGAGCAAACGGAGCCCAGUCGCUGGCCCUGAA